AUGCCUUUCGGCGGUGAAGGUGCAGCCGACCCACAGCACGGCGACACGGCGCAUCGCCAGCGCCCGCCAUCGGUUCCGCCCGCGGCCGCCGUCGUCCAGCAUCCGCCCGUCUACACUCCGUACCAGUUCGCAUCCCCUGCCGACUCGCCUGCCCUCGCGUCGUACGGCCAGCACUACCAUGGACUCGCUUACCCGCCGCACCAAGCCCCGCAGGCGAUGCACGCCGCACACGCAGCCGACGAACCUGCCUUUCGCUCGCCAACCUUGACCAGCCGCACUCCCACCGCCGAGGGCCGCGCAAACGCCCCAGAGAAGCCAUACAGCAGGCAGGAAGGGCGUGUAGCAGCGAGCGAGCCCCGGAGCGGGAAGGAAGAGGUCGUUGGCACCGCCGCCUCGACCUCUGGAACGGCGCCGCCGAAAAUCGUCAAGAAGGCGGACAGGUCCUGCAAGAAGUGCCGCGAGAGGCGAGUUCGUUGCGGCCGAGAGUAUCCAACCUGCUCUCGCUGCAAGAAGCGGCGCGAUGCGUGCUCGUACGGCGAAGGGGUGUUUGUGGAAGAGGUGGUGGAAGGUUCGGACCAACAGCGGAUAGCGGAACUCGAGAGCAAGAUUUCAUCGCUUCAGAGUCAGCUCAAAAGCACGAGCUCGUUCAUACCCUCCCGCUCCUCCUCGAACUCGACGUCCCCCCUCGCAACCGUCUUGUCCUCGGACAAUCUCCCAGACGCCAUCUCGCGACCCAUCAUCGACAGUCUCAACCCGAUCGAGCAGUCCUCGCUCGUCUACUUCCUCGAAACUGAGGCGAGGACGGAGCCUGGGCGGAUGGACGCGAAUAUGGGCGGUGGCUCGGACGGCAACGGUUUGGCGGAGGCGAUCACGCGGCAUCUUCUCGACGCCGCCUGCCGAGCCUGCGACUCGAAGCUCCCUGGCCUCGCGAACCUCGUCGCGCGAGUCGACUUCUACAAGACCCACCUCCGCGAGCUCGAUGCAUCAGGACGCGUCUCUGUCGCCGUUUUGUGCGCCCUCGGAGCCCGCACUUCUCCUCACCACACUCUUUUCGGCAUCUCUUCGGUCCAAGGCGUCGACGGCUCGCCCAGUCCUUCACUAUUCGCGGCGGUCGGCUCGAGGCGCGAGAACCUGUGUCGCUCGCUCGAGUCGCAGGCACGCGAGACGGCUUGGGCGACGGGGCUGUUUCGAGACCAGUCGUACGAGGGUCUCGAGGCGCUCGUUGGGCUCAUGGUGCUGUCGAUGCACGAGGAGAAUGAUCUCGAGGACACACGCUUCCUCGUUCGACAAGCGGUCGGCACCUUCCUCGACAUCCGACAUGCCGAGUUGCGGAACGGCAAGAGCUCGACGCUAGGACCGACGAUGGGAACGGCUAUCUUCAUGGUCGAUGCCUACGUCGCCGUCCGCACCGGUCGCGUCAGCCUCAUCACGCCCGGCGAGCUGCAAGAGUUCUGGUCGACAGCAGGCUUCGACGUGCCAGACUUGGUCAGCCCGUGCGUCACAAACAUAGUCCAGCAAGUCGCGGAUCAGCCGGUCAUCACCUGGGAGGCGGUUCAGGACGUCACGACUAUCAUUUUCAACUACACGCUCGCUUGUUACCGCGUUUUCGCUCAGGUCGUUGGUCCCGUCCAAAAGCCCGACUCGUCUUCCCUCCUCGGCUUCAUCCGCAACCUCUGGCACCUUAUCGACCAGAUUCACAACGCCAUCCAGCGCUUCCAGCAACGCCUCGUCUCGCUCACGACGCCCAUUUCAGGCGCAAACGACGACCCGCACGGAACGGACCACGCCAUCCUCCUCGCCGUCUGGGCCGACGACAUGCUCGUUAAUCUCGUCGGGCUCGUGCACCUGUAUUUGAUGCGGGAUCGGAACGGCGGGCAGUAUGGUCCAGAGCGCGAGGGGGAUGAGGAGCUGGAAAGGACAAGGGCAGAGUCGAGCAUGAGGGUGUUCAAGUGCCUCAAGUUGCUUGCCUUCUACUGCCAGCUCUACUGCAACUCGGAAGACCGUCACAACGUCAUCCACCUCCUCAUGCACCUCGUCCCGCUCUCGAACUGGACGUCGCUCGUCGCCAUGCGCAUCGGCCAGCCUGGUGGGCCGCUCAACGAGGAGUUCGAGAUUACGGAGGAAGAGCUCGACUGGUUCCGCAUGGCUCUCGAGCUCAGCCUGUUCUACAACCCUCAGCUUUCUUCGACACUUCGCGCUCUCAACAACGCCCGUCAGUUGUACAUACAGCGCGGCGGUCCGCCUCCUGCCCCGCCUCCGCCUCCCUCCGUCCCUAACGGCCCGGCAUCCUACCCUUCCACGGCUCACUCGAACGUACACACGCCCGUUCGAGCCCAGCAGGCAGAUCCGGGCUCUUCCCCCAAAACGAUGCCGGCCAGCCUCCAAUUUGCCUACCCUCAGCUCGAUCAGCCGCAUCAGCAUCCGCAUCAACCUCAGCAUCCGCAGCAUCCGCAGCAUCAGCAGCAUCAGCAGCAGCAGCAGCAGCAGCACGACCAACCGUACCGGUCUCAGUCCUUCCACAUGUUCGAUUUCCCUGAGCACAUACAACUCGACCAGCGACCGCCGGUGCCCGCCCUUCCUCCUCCGCAUCGCGAUCACCCUCUCCCCUUCGCGCUCGACCUCGACGCGCAACUCGGGCACCCAGGCUUCGCAGAUGGCGCCGGCGAGGAUCCUGCGGCAGGAGGUUCCGACGUCCGCAGCGCGUUCAGGUCGAUCGACUGGGCCGACUUGUCGCUCACGCCGGCGCCAGCAGUCGGGUCCGAGGGCAGCAGUAGCUCGAUCGAAGAAUGGCUGAAGCGGCCGCGCAGGAACUCGUAA